AUGGCCUCCCAGAGCGUGCAAUGCUUCGGCAAGAAGAAGACUGCGACCGCUGUCGCCCACUGCAAGGCUGGCAAGGGCCUCGUUAAGGUCAACGGAAAGCCUCUUUCCCUGGUCACCCCCGACAUCCUGCGAUUCAAGGUCUACGAGCCCAUCCUGAUCCUCGGUGUUGACAAGUUCGCCCAAGUCGACAUCCGCGUCCGCGUCUCCGGCGGUGGACACACCUCGCAGAUCUACGCCAUCCGUCAAGCGAUUGCCAAAUCCAUCAUCGCCUACUACCAAAAGUAUGUCGACGAGCACUCGAAGAACCAGCUCAAGCAGGCCCUCGUCCAGUACGACCGCACACUGCUCGUUGCCGACAACAGGCGGUGCGAGCCCAAGAAGUUUGGCGGUCCAGGUGCGCGCGCAAGGUACCAGAAGUCUUACCGUUAA